CCCUUAACACUCCCUCCAUCCAUCCUCACUCUCUUAUCGCUUGGCUAAAAUAACCCAGUGAGGUAAGAGCCCGAGGCAUCCUGGGAUGAGUUUUAUACAGGCUGUUCUUUCUCUGCUGAGGAGAGUCAGAGUGGAGCGUGGAAGAACCCCAGCUUCAUAAACAACUCGACUAUCCAGACCAGCUCCAACACCCGACGUACAGGCAGGCAGGAGACACAGAGGGAAAUGAUGAUGAUGAUGCAGUCAAGCCUGGACGACGUGACAAAGCAGAGGAUGAUGCAGGCCAAGGCUCUGUGUAAGGAGGUCCGAGGAGGUAAGUGUGAAUGGGAGGGUCUGAACCUUGGGAAGAAGAUAAGCGUUCCAAAGGACGUGAUGAUGGAGGAGCUCAACCUUCCAUCUAAUCGAGGCUCUCGCAUGUUUCAGGAGAGACAGAAGAGGGUCGAGAAGUUCACACUGGAGAACGUUGCUAAUGGUGCUUAUAGCACCAACGAUGUGUAUUCAGAGGCCGUUGCUCCCCCACAGAUCAUCCCAGAGCCACAGGGAGGAAAAGAGAACCAGGCUUUCUCCAUCCCUGGUAAGCACAGCCUGGUCAUGAACCUUCAGAAGACUAUAGCAAAGAAGGGCAGUCCUGACGUCCUCGCUCCAGGAUAUUCUAGCCCUCUGAAGGAAAUUCCUCAUGAGAAGUUCAACACAACAAUAAUCCCCAAAUCCUACACCUCUCCAUGGAGCCAAGCUCUGGGAGACAACACCGAGCUCCUGAACACCCUCAAUACCCAGCUGCCCCAGCUCCCACAAAGACUACAGCCUUCCAACUACCGGUGCUUCAACAGAUCUGCUCUGCCAUUCGGGGGAGCUAUGACCAGCAGGAGGGUGAUCCCAGCGAUCGGCUUUGAGUCAGUGGAAUCGCAGAACCUGCCUGGCAUCGCUCUGGAACGCAUGUGUCGACGGCCCAACUUCAACAGAGCGCCCAGGGGAUGGGGAUGUGAUUUUAGCCCUGAAUCUAAUGACCUAUGAAAAGUGGCUGACCAGCUAAAGACUGAAGCACUAACCUAUGCUUGCUGAUCUCUUCCUACAAAGAUGAUCGCUCUGUUAAUCAGCAGGCACUGCAGAAGAGAGGG